UGAAACCACCCCACACCGUAAACAGUGGGCAGGCCUUGCUGCUCAGAUGUAACCGGGGGCCGUUAUUUUGGACCCACAGACCCGGUCCAUUCCAGAGGCGUCUCUGAGAACCAGCAGGGACCAGGAACGGCCGGGAAGCAGUACGCAUCGAUCCCAGCAUCACUGACCCUUCAAAGGCUUCUCCGUCACCAUGCUCUCCUCUACCCCAUGCCUCGCUCUUCUGUAUCUGCUGGCUGGGGCUGCAGUGGCCAUCCAGACCCCCCAGAUAGUGUUUUUGGAUAAGCAACAGGCCACUUCACUGAUCUCCCGGCAGAAGAGGAAUGCUGGAAGCUCCUCUUCCACUCUGGAGCAGGCCUGCAUGGAGAAGGUGUGCACCUAUGAAGAGGCCAGGAAGUACUUCCAGGACUCCUACCGCACGGACAUCUUCUGGUCAGUCUAUAUUGAUGGAGACCAGUGUGCAGAGCAACCCUGCAAAAAUGGAGCCAUGUGUUCAGACAGCGUGGGAGGCUACGACUGCGUCUGCAAGUCAGGCUUCUCUGGAGUGCACUGCGAAAAAGACGAGACCAUUUGUACGCUGGAGAAGGAUAAGGGCUGCUCGCAGUUUUGUAAACCUGGCUAUGUAUCAUACCAGUGUUCCUGCGCCCGCGGAUGGAGGCUCAACGACAAAGACAAGCACAAGUGUGAGCCAUCAGUCCUCGUUCCCUGUGGUAAAUUGAGCAGUAUGAGUCAGUGGGCCAGCAGACAAUCCACCAACGCCCGUAACAACUUUGAAGGACUUACCUGCACAUCUACAGAAUGUCCUUGGCAGGCUUUGCUGAAGAGUUCAGAGUCUGCAGGUUUCUGUAGUGGAGUCAUACUGAAAGAAAACCUAGUACUGACUUCAGCCCAGUGUGCCAACAAAUACAGCUCUUUUCAGGUCGUAGUUGGUAGGCGCAGCAUCAACUAUGAGGAGGGAGAGCAGACAGUGUACGUGAAAAUAGUUCAUGUCGCUCCUCGCUAUGUGGAAGGCCGUCCCGAAAAUGACCUCGCUGUGAUCGAGCUCCGCGACCGCAUCAGUUUUAAGAGAAGCGUGGUUCCUGCCUGUGUGCCAGAAAGAGACUUUGCUGAAAGCUUGUUGAUGUCAGGAGACUUCCCAACAAUCAUCACUGGCUGGAAGGAAGCCCCACAGGUUUCUGCUUUCCAGGGUCCGCUCACCCUAAACCAGCUGGAGUACAGCAAGCUGCCUGAGUGUAUGGAGAGACACCCUAACCUGAUGACCAAUAAAAUGGGCUGCACCCUCCCACGGGCCAAUGCCGACUGCGCCAUGAGCUCCGGCAGCCCCUUGCUGACUCUGUACAGAAAUGUGUUCUUCGUCACUGGGGUGGUGAGCCAGCCAGAAGGGGGGGAGUGCGGCAAAGGCUACAUCUUUCAAAAGGUGUCCCGUCACCUGGGCUGGCUGAAUUCUCUGAUGGGUUCGCGUUGAAUGUGGUUGUAAGGACAGACGUGCAUGUAAAUUAUUGUUAAGGGCUUUAGGUGCAAAAGCGAUACUCUUUCCUCCUGUUAGUUUGAUAUUGUCAUUAGCUUUUGUGUUUUCUUUAAAGAGUUUCUGCAGUAACGUGUAGAGCAUAUACACUGGUCCAAGUUAUUCCUUCUGUCUACGCAUGUCUUUAAACGUCCACAAGGGGGCUCUCUGUCAACAUCAACAUUACUGCAUGUGUCUAACGUUCAAAUGCAGAGACAUGUAAAUUAUUUAAUGUGUUUGUGAUGUGAACCUACCUUUAUAUAACUUUAAAGUGAUGCCAUUUUAGCAACAACUGUAAUAGUUGAGAUGCACCUUAUAACACACCUGCUAAUCACUGUUCUAUGAAUGUAAUAAACCGGAACACACA